AUGUCUCCCAAGCUCCGAUUUGCCAUUCUGGAUGACUACCAAGGCAUCGCUCGUCCACAUUUCGCUCAUCUCGAGGAUCGGGUCGACAUUGUCUGUUUUCCAAAGACACUGGACCCACACAUUCCAGCGGAACAGGAGGCCCUAGUCAAGCGUCUGAAAACGUUUGAUGUGAUCCUUGCCAUGCGUGAGCGGACCCCAUUCGCCGCAUCCACCAUCACCGCUCUUCCCAAUCUGAAGCUACUAUUGACCACCGGCACGCGCAAUCUCGCACUCGAUCUCGACGCCUUUACCCAACAGGGCAUCGCAGUCGCCGGCACCGAAGGACGACCCCCGGGAGUCAACGCGACGGUGCAACACACGUGGGCAUUGAUUCUCGGACUGGCACGUCAUCUGGCUCGAGAUGAUGCGGCGAUCAAGGCGGGUGGCUGGCAGGGAACGCUCGGCAUGGGUCUGUCAGGCAAGACCUUGGGUCUACUGGGACUGGGCAAAUUAGGUUCGCAGGUUGGCAAAAUCGCCGUUCAGGCGUUUGGCAUGCGCGUGGUCGCAUGGUCGACCAAUUUGAGCCAGGAAAAGGCCGAUGAGCAGGCUCGGGCGCAAGACCUGGCCCCUGGCAGCUUUCUCGUGGCCCCGUCCAAGGCGGAAUUCUUCACACAAUCAGAUAUCGUCUCCAUCCAUAGCGUCUUAUCGGAUCGUAGUCGCGGGAUCGUUGGGGCCGAGGAUCUGGCCCGGAUGAAGCCUCACUCGUUGAUCAUCAACACCUCCCGAGGACCCUUGAUUGACGAGCCCGCAUUACUGGAGGCGUUGCAGACCGGUCACAUUCGAGGCGCAGCUCUAGAUGUGUUUGAUCGAGAGCCUCUACCGUUGAACAGCCCAUGGCGUACGACCCCGUGGGGUCAGGGCGGGCGCAGUGAGGUGUUGUUGUCCCCACAUAUGGGUUAUGGAGAGGAAGAUCUCUUGCAUGGUUGGUAUGAGGAGGUGGCCGAAAACCUGGAACGGUGGCUGAAUGGAGAAGAGCUAUUGCGGAGGUUGAAUUAA